CACGACCCGCAGGUAACCAUGGCAACGGGGGGAGAUUUCUCUGCGGCCGGAAGGAAGCCCGGCUAGCCACGACCCUCAGGACAGGUGGCAAGCCUGCCAGCGCCGGUUCCCAGAUACGAGAGACCAUGUUGGAGGAUACAGGAAGAAGCCCUCAAGCUGCCCAGGCUGAGAGCAGUGGGAAAUUCUGGGAAGGCAGUGUGAAGAAGAUACUGGGUCAGGAAAGCAACAUCCUCUGUUCAGGUGCUCCAAGCCAGCACUUCAGGCAUUUCUGCUACCAGGAGGCCAAAGGACCCAGAGAGGUUUGCAGCCGACUCCACUAUCUCUGCCAUCAGUGGCUGAAGCCGGAGCGAUACACGAAAGCUCAGAUCUUGGACCUGGUGAUCCUGGAGCAGUUCCUGGCUGUCCUUCCCCCGGAGAUGGAGAACUGGGUCAGGGAAUGUGGAGCAGAGACCAGUUCCCAGGCGGUGGCCCUGGCAGAAGGUUUCCUCCUGAGUCAGGCAGAGGAGAAGAAGCAGGAAGAGCAGCAGUUUCACGAGCAGGAAGCAGAUGCUGAUCUCCCUGAGGCGGAGGAGACUCCAUGGAUGCUGAAAAUACCUUCUCUUCCUUGUGGUGGGGCGGAAGCUGUCUCAGUAAAACUGUAUCAGGAUCUUUUGGUAUUUGAGGAGAUGGCUGUUUACUUCACUGGGGAGAAGUGGGCGCUGCUGGAUUCAAACCAAAGGACCCUGCACAGGGAGGUCAUGAAGAAAUGUGGGAUCAUGACCUCUCUAGGCAGUGAAAUAACAGCAGCCAUCAGUUCGGGGUCGCCUGUUCUUCAGGAUGGAAUGGGAACGGAUUCCACGCAACCAGACAAGGGCCUGGUGACCUUUGAGGACGUGACUGUGUACUUCAAUGAGGAGGAGCUGGCAGUGCUGGAUCCGUAUCAGAGAGACCUGCACAGGGAAGUCAUGGAAGAGAACUUUUGGAACGUGUCUUCUCUGUCAUGUGAUAGACUCACGUGGAAGAGUGAGACUGAGCAAGAACUGUGUGGCGCGUCACUGAAAAGAGACAGAAGCAGAGAGAGGAAAGAGUGGAGGCGGAAAACGGAAGCAAAACAGAAGGGAAGGAAAAGUUCUGUGGUUUAUCAACCCUGUGACUUCCAGGAAAUCCCAACCCAAGACAAAAUGGCGGAAGGAAAAGAAAGGAAUAGGCAUCCUGUGUGCAAGAAGACCUUCGGUUUGAAACCAAGUUUUAAUGUUCAACGGAGAACGCAAACACUGGAGAAACCACUUCAGUGCUCCGAGUACGGAAAGGGCUUAAGCCACCGUUCAGAACUCAAGACCCGUAAGAGAGUCCUCCUAGAGGAGAAAGUGUUUCACUGCUUGGAGUGUGGGAAGAACUUCAGUGGGCAUUCGAGCCUCAGGACCCACCAGAGAAUCCACAUAGGGGAGAAGCCGUUUCAGUGCUCCGAGUGCGGAAAGAGCUUCACUCAGAAAAUCAACCUCCAUUCCCAUCAGAAAAUCCACACGGGAGAAAAACCGUUCAGAUGCUCCGAGUGUGGAAAGAGCUUCAUCAAGAACACGGACCUCACACGGCACCAAAGGAUCCACACCGGGGAGAAACCCUACGCCUGCUCCGAGUGCGGCAUAAAUUUCCGCCACAAGUGGAACCUUAGGAACCAUCAGAGGCUGCACACAGGGGAGCAGCCCUUUAAAUGCGCCGAGUGCGGGAAGAACUACGUCAACAGCACGAACCUCCUUUCACAUCAGAGAAGCCACACGGGGGAGAAGCCAUUUCAGUGCUUGCAGUGCGGGAACUGCUUCCGGAGGAACGGGGACCUCGCUAGGCACCAGAGGGUCCACACAGGGGAGAAGCCCUACAAGUGCUUGGUAUGUGGGAAAAGGUUCAGUCAGAACUCGAGCCUCCAUGCCCACGAGAGGAGCCACACAGGAGAAACUGUACAGAUGCUCAAGGUGUGGAAAGAGCUUUGGCCAGAACAGGCCUAACACCACAUCAGAGAAUCCGCACGGGAAUUUCAUGUAGAAGUGUUGGAAGCAAGUGUGGGAAUGUUCAGGGAUGCAGGAGAGGGUAUAUUGUUUGAUUAUAUCCUUUCCAACUUGUGUUAACAAGUUCUACAGUUUAGCAGAG